UACCGAGUUAAAUGCACAUCAACCAAGAAGAAUAUCGUUUAACUUCAAAUUUUUUUUUUUUUAAACUACUAGUUAGUAAACAUAUAUUCUUAAGCUUUCAUGAAUGCAAAUUAAUGUUAAACUGUUCUGUAACAGGAUAAUAAAUAUAUCAGCAUUAUUUAAGCCAAUAAGUAAUAUUGAUCUGUUCUGCUCGCUUAUAAUUCAUGCAAAAUAUAGCCAAAACAUUGCAAUAAUUGUUAAAUAUUGCAGCGUUUUUAAUGACGCAAUGACGGUUAGUGACUAUAUCUAGGCCAUUACAGCCUGAACCAGUUAAGGUUUGUUUGGUCAAAACAGGUUGAGUCUGCAUAACCAUUAACCAACGACAAAUAACACAUUUCAUAUAUAGUAAACUAAUUAUUCAUAGGUCUUGUAGCAGAUUCUUGCUUCAUUUUUUAAAACUAUGUCCCCAAAAAUUCAUUACUUUAUUUCUGAAUAUCAGAAUAAACCAAUUUAUUAAUUUAGUGUAGUUUUAUACUGUACGAUGUUAACCAAACACAUUCGAAUUUGAUUUUGCGUGUUUGAAUGUACAUGUUAUAGCCGGUGAAUAAAAUGUUUACCUCCAAAAAAAAUCACAAUAUUAUAGUAAUUUCUGAUCUUCACAAAGCCCAAUACAAGCCCAUUUAUAUAAAGCCCAAUUACUAAACACUUUCGUUUUGGAAUCAUCAUUUCUCAGAGUGAUUCUCGUUUACGAAUCAGAAACUUGAGAGCUUCGGAAUCAAUGGCGGAACCAAAGCUUAGGAUUCUAAUGGUCUCCGAUUUCUUCUUCCCAAACUUCGGUGGCGUGGAGAAUCACAUCUACUAUCUCUCCCAAUGCCUGUUAAACCUCGGACACAAGGUUGUGGUGAUGACGCAUGCUUACGGGAACCGCACCGGAGUCCGAUACAUGACGGGCGGACUCAAAGUCUACUACGUCCCCUGGAGACCUUUCACUAUGCAGAACACAUUCCCCACCGUCUACGGAACGCUUCCCAUCGUCAGAACCAUCCUCAAACGCGAGAGAAUCACCGUUGUUCACGGCCACCAAGCCUUCUCCACCCUCUGUCACGAAGCCUUGAUGCACGCCAGAACAAUGGGAUACAGAGUUGUCUUCACUGAUCACUCCCUCUACGGGUUUGCUGAUGUUGGGAGCAUCCACAUGAACAAGGUCUUGCAGUUUACUCUAGCUGAUAUAGACCAGGCCAUUUGUGUUUCGCAUACGAGUAAGGAGAAUACGGUUUUGAGGUCUGGAUUGGCUCCGGGGAAGGUUUUUAUGAUUCCGAAUGCUGUUGAUACUGCUAUGUUCAAGCCUGCUGAUGUCAGGCCAAGUAGUGAUGAUGUGAUUACUAUAGUUGUUAUAAGUAGAUUGGUUUAUCGGAAAGGUGCGGAUUUGCUUGUUGAGGUUAUCCCUGAAGUGUGCCGGUUAUACCCCAAUGUUCGUUUUGUAGUGGGAGGGGAUGGGCCAAAGCAUGUGAGGCUAGAGGAGAUGAGGGAGAAGCAUUCUCUCCAGGACAGAGUUGAGAUGCUUGGUGCUGUUCCUCAUUCUCGUGUCCGCUCUGUUUUGGUCACCGGUCAUAUAUUCCUUAACAGUUCCUUAACAGAAGCCUUCUGCAUAGCUAUAUUGGAGGCUGCUAGUUGCGGGUUAUUAACUGUCAGCACUCGUGUUGGAGGUGUCCCUGAGGUCCUACCGGAUGACAUGGUUGUACUGGCUGAGCCAGAUCCGGAUGAUAUGGUACGAGCAAUAGAGAAGGCAAUAUCAAUACUCCCAAGUAUUAACCCCGAGGAGAUGCACAAUCGAUAUUUUGUUGGCUUGUUGCUUAUAUACCAGAUGACGAAGCUCUACAGUUGGCAAGAUGUUGCGAAAAGAACUGAGAUUGUGUACGACCGUGCCUUGAAGUGUUCCAACAGAAGUCUUCUAGAACGUCUAUCGCGGUUCCUGUCAUGUGGAGCGUGGGCAGGGAAGGUAUUCUGUAUGGUUAUGAUCAUUGAUUACUUGCUUUGGCGGUUACUUCAGUUACUUCAGCCUGAUGAUGAUAUUGAGGAGGCACCCGAAAUCAAUUUCUGCAAUUAGGGAGGUUUGUCAGAGGGCCUCAAGGAAGAAUAUCAAGUUAAAGAAACGAGUGAUAAGCAGAGUUUCAGCUCCCUCGAUUGUUAGAGCCUUUUUUAUGUCCGUCCAUUUUCUUUAGAAGCUCUUCCUUGAUGAUUAAUUCUAUUUUGUUUUUUUUUUUUUUUGUAUAAACAAGAAUAUAUAGACUUCAUUAAAAAAAAUAUGUUUUUUUGUUGAGUUGGCCAAGUUUUGUAAUAAAAAAACAACAGAUGAUUUAUUUUUUCUUUUGUAAA